GGGAGCGCGGCAGCAGCAGCGGCCGGGGCUUGGAGCGGAGGUGAGAGCGGCGGGGGCGCUGGUAGGAUCGCGGGAGCGGUGGACAGAAGGACCCGGGGGGCGACCCCACCUGCAGCGAGAAGCGGAGCAGAGCGACCUUUCGUCUGCAGCCUGCGACCUCUGACACUCGGGUAACUGCGGUCACCCCAGUAAUGACCACUGGCCACGGGGAGCAUCUUGGAUACUGAGCGACCUUUUACCCCCCCCCCAAUGCCCCCAUCCAUGAUGUUUGGACCCUGAGUGACCUUCAGGCAUUGACUGACUGACAGUCUCACCUACUUACCUGGGCUCACAGUGACCUCCUCUCCCCAACACACAACCCGACCGCAAACCCUGGACACUUCAGUGACCCCUGACUCCCAGGUACAGAGUGACCUUUCACCCCUGAUCUGUGACACUGACCUUUGAUUCCUGAACCCCAGGCAUGGACUGAUCUCUUGUCUCUAUCCAUAACCCCGUUCUUGACCCCAUGACCUUUCAUCACCAGGAGUGAUCCUAAUACUGCCUCUUGACCCUCCCCUCCCACCCCCUGGUCACCAUGGCCUGUCUUCAAGAGAGGAGGACCCCAUCGCCGGGCCUGGGCCUGGGCUUGGGCCUGUGCGGGGCAUCCAGGCGACUGCCUGAGCCGCCUGAGGACCCAGGGGGUUCAGGGCAGUCACCGGCAGCGAUGUCACCCACCCAGUGCGCGCUGCAAGGUGGGGGCAGCCCCCCCACCAUGACAGACGGCAGUGAGGACUCCCCUCGCGAGGCCUUUACCCGCUGUGUGCUGCGGCUGCAGGAGGCUGAGGGGGGUGCAGCAGCUGGGGGUGGAGGGGCAGGGGGUUGUGAGGGGGGUGGCCGCAGGGAACCCCGGGCUGGACAUCCACCCCAUCUCCGCCCACCCACCAGGCCCCACUGUGUCCAUCCGGGGCCCGGCUUCCUCGAGGGCCUCUUCGGCUGCCUCAGGCCCGUCUGGAGCAUCCUGGGCAAGGCCUACUCCAGCGAGCACAAGCUCCAGGCCGAGGAAUGCUGGGAAGUUCCCUUCGAAGAGAUCUCGGAGCUGCAGUGGGUGGGGAGCGGGGCACAGGGAGCUGUCUUCCUGGGACGCUUCCGCGGAGAGGAGGUCGCCGUGAAGAAGGUCCGAGACCGGAAGGAGACGGAGAUCAAACAUCUCCGCAAGCUUAAGCACCCCAACAUCAUCACCUUCAAGGGUGUGUGCACCCAGGCCCCCUGUUACUGCAUCAUCAUGGAGUACUGUGCACAGGGGCAGCUCUACGAGGUGCUGAGGGCAGGCAGGAAGGUCGCCCCCUCCCUCUUGGUCGACUGGUCGAUGGGGAUCGCUGGAGGCAUGAACUAUCUGCACCUCCACAAGAUCAUCCACCGAGACCUCAAGUCACCCAACAUGCUGAUCACCUCCGACGAUGUGGUGAAGAUUUCCGACUUUGGAACGUCCAAAGAGCUGAGUGACAAGAGCACCAAGAUGUCGUUUGCCGGCACUGUGGCCUGGAUGGCUCCCGAGGUGAUUCGCAAUGAGCCAGUAUCAGAGAAGGUGGAUAUCUGGUCUUUUGGUGUGGUUCUAUGGGAGUUACUGACGGGGGAGAUCCCCUACAAGGACGUUGAUUCGUCUGCCAUCAUUUGGGGUGUUGGCAGCAACAGUCUCCACCUUCCUGUCCCCACGGGCUGUCCUGAUGGAUUCAAACUGCUCCUGACGCAGUGCUGGAAUGGGAAGCCGAGGAAUCGACCUUCCUUCCGCCAGAUUCUCCUCCACCUCGACAUCGCCUCGGCUGACGUGUUGGGCACCCCACAGGAGACCUAUUUCCAGUCCCAGGCCGAGUGGCGACAGGAGGUGAAGCAGCAUUUUGAAAAGAUCAAGACCGAGGGGACGUGCCUUCACCGGCUGGAUGAGGAACUGGUGCGCAGGAGGCGUGAAGAGCUCAGACAUGCCCUGGACAUCCGUGAACACUAUGAGCGGAAGCUGGAACGAGCCAACAAUCUCUACAUGGAGCUCAACGCCGUCAUGUUGCAACUGGAGCUAAAGGAGAGGGAGUUACUCAGGAGAGAGGAAGCUCUGGACCAGACACAUCCCAAGGUUUUCCGGCCGCCCCACCUCCGCCCGACCAAUUCUGUUGAUAAACUUCUGCUGAAACAUCACCUGACGCACAGCAAGAGGCCAGACCUGCUGAGGUCGGAGGUCACACUGCCGAAGCCGGAGGGCCGCUGGAGAAGGGCAGGGGGGUCUGUAGCUGGUAGGGUGGAUGGGGGAGAGGGGGGCUCCCCGGGCAGGGGCCGGACCCGGCCCAGGCCCCACUCUCGCUGCCGGAGGGGGGCAACCAGAGGCAGCCGAGGGGAGGCCGAACUCUGUGGAGGCCUGGGGGUUUCGUCCUGCCCCUGCUCCUCCAAACUGUCCCCUCCCCCUGCACCAUGCCCAAGGGCUCCCGCUCAGCGCCCCCUCCCUGGGUCCUUGCAUUCCUCCAGCCCCGACUUGUUGUGGGGGGCCUUGGGCCCUGCGGCCUGUGGUAGGCUCCAGGGCCUGGGUCCACAGCCGAGCUCCAGGUCUGAUGCCAAGGAGGGGGCCCAGGCCUUGGGUAGUGGGACCGGGCCCGGGCCCAGGAACCAGGCUACAGAGCAGGACGGGCGUAUGGAAGGUAGCCCUGGUGCCUUGGAGGGAGGGGGAGACAACGGAGGCCUGAGGCAGGAACCUACCGGCACCGGCAGAUGCAACGAGGCCCAGGGGCCAGGCCGGGGCGAGGACCCAACAUCAAGGAAACAGAGACUCUGCUCGUCUGAGGAAGAGGAAGGAGAGGUUGACAGCGAGAUGGAGUUUCCACGGAGACAGAGACUCCACCACGACUUCAGUGCCUGCCCCUCCCUCUCCACCUGCAGCCUAGAGAACGGUUCAGUCUCAGAUGAGGGAAACAGCAGUGAACUCUCCCCUGAACUGCCUGGCGCCCACACAGAGGAGAGGGGAGAGGAGAGAUCAGAUGAACCCCACUCCCUGGGCUCUGAAGUUCUGUCCGACGGUCUGUCCGAGAGGGGGACUGUCCUCCACCACGACUGUUCCCGGAUCUGCCCUGACUCCCUGCUCCCUAAGGGCAUUGCUCCCAGCGAGGACUCGGACUGCGGUGUGCCUGACAUGGACAGCAGCCUUUCCGUGGAUACGCUGCUUCAGCCCCGGAGUUCCGCCUCAUGGUAGCCUCUGGAAUGGCUGGCCUAUAUAUACUUAAGUUUGGGAUGGAACUGCUCCGUCUCUUCUCCUCUAUUCCCUUCCCCACACCAUCCACCUUAUCGCGUGCUUCCAAUGCUGGAAUGGAGACGGAACAGAGCACUCCACACGCGUGUAAUCAGGGAUCACACCACCUGCCGUGGACUUGACGCCCUCCCGAUCUCUUCACCGAGGACACAAAUAUAUUUUAGGUGCUAAGUUCAACAGCCCCAAUCCAUACACACAGGUUGUGUGUGUGUGUGUGUGUGUGUGUGUGUGUGUGUGUGGCACUGUGUGUGUGUGUGUGUGUGUGUGUGUGUGGCUGUGUGUGAGAGGGGGAGAUGCAUUGGACAGAUAACACUCCUUCACAUGGAAAGGGGGAGGGAGAGUGAGAGGGGGAGACUGAGAGAGGGAGAGAGAAGUGUGAGAAAGAGACAGACAGAAGCGAGAGAGAGGCUGCUGUCUCUCCACACGCACACAACACACACACACAAAAUAAAUGCGAGAAUUUUAGACAAACAUGUGGUGUGUGAUGUCUCUGUAUGAGUGGCGGGGUGGAGGAGAUGAGGGAGAGCACGGGGGAGACCGUAGAUCAUGGAACAGUACAAUACCUUUGCUGACUAUGAGAGAUAGGAGCAGAAUUAGUCCAUUUGGCCCAUCGAGUCUGGUCCACCAUUUGAUGAUGGCUGAUCCAUUUCCCUCUCAUUCUCUGACUAAUCAAGACCCUAUCAGCUUUCGACUUAAAGUGUACCCAGUAACUUGGCAUCCACAGGUGCCUGUUCCAAUGAAUUUCACAGAUUUACCACUCCCUAGCUAAAGAAAUUCCACCUCAUCUCUGUCCCUUUAUUCUGAGGCUGUGCCCUCUGGUCCUAGACUUCUUCACCAUAGGAAACAUCCCCUGCACAUCCACUCUGAGGCCUCUCGACACUUAAUGAGACCCUCCCUCAUUUAUCUAAGCUCCAGUGAGUAAGAGCCAUCAAAUGCUCCUCAUAUGUAAAGCCUUUCAUUCCCGGGAUCAUUUUCAUCAACCUCCUCUGGACCCUCUCCAAAUGGCAGCACAUACUUUCUUAGACAAAAGGCCCAAAACAGCUCAGAAUACUCAAGCUAUAGUCAGACUAAUGCCUUAUAAAGCCUCAGCAUUAUAGUACAUCCUUGCUUUUAUAUUCUAGUCCUAUUGAAAUGAACGCUAACAUUGCUUUUGCCUUCUUCACCACCGACUCAACCUGCAAAUUAACCUUUAGGGAAUCCUGUACAAGAACUCCAAGCCCCUUGCUAGUUCGGAAUUUGAAUUUCUCCCUUUAGAAAAAGCCUACCCUUUUAUUCCUUCUACCAAAGUGCAUGACCAUAAUUUUCCCUACACUAUAUUCCAUCUGCUACUUCUCUACCCAUUCUCCUAAUCUGUGUAAGUCGUUCUGCAGCUUCCCUGCUUCCUCAACACUUCCUACCCCUCCACUGAGGCUCUGAUUGCAGCCAACCAGAAAAGGCUCCCUUUGUUCCCACUCUUUGCCUCCUGCCAAUCAACCAAUGCUCUAUCCAUGCUAGUAUCUUUCCUGUAAUACUAUGGGUUCUUAUGAGGCUGCUUAGCAAGAUAUACAGCACUUUGUCAGAGGCCUUCUGAAAAUUCAAGUAAACAUCAGCCCCUUACACUCCUGUGUCUGCUCUCGGGUCCCUAUUAAAUCUCUUUCCCACUCUCACCUCAAAACUAUGUCCUCUGCAUUCAACCCUGGGGAAGAGAGCACCCUAUCUGUGCCCCUCAUGGUUUUGUACACCUCCAUAAGGACACCCCUCAGUCUUCUACGCUCCAAGGAAUAAAGUCCCAACCUGCCAUCCUCUCUCCAUCAUUCAGUCCUUCAAGUCCCAACGACAACCUUGUAAAUCCCUGUACUUUGUCUAGCUUAAUGGUAUCUUUCCUAUAGCAUGGUAACCAAAACUGCACACAAUAAUCCAAGUGUGGCCUCACCAACAUCUCAUACAACCUGCAACGUAACAUCUGAACUCCUGUACUCAGUGCAUUGACUAAUGAAGGCCAUUGGACAAAAAAAACCUUCUCCAACAUCCUCUGCAGCCAUGACAGGCUUCCUCACUGUCCGCUACAGCCCCAAUCUUGGUGACAUCUGCAAACUUGCUGAUCCAGCUAACCCUAUUAUCAUAGAUGACAAACAACAAAGGACCCAGAACCGAUCCCUGCGGCACACCACUAGUCACAGGCCUCCAAUCGGAGAGGCAAUCAUCUACUGAUCUACUACCACUGUAGCUUCUUCCACAAAGCCAAUGUCUAAUCCAAUUUACUACCUCACUCUGAAUGCUGAGUGAUUGAACCUUCUUCACCAACCUCCCAUGUCGGACCUUGUCAAAUGCCUUGCUAAAGUCCAUGUAGACAAAAUCUGCUCCUUGCUUUCAUCCACUUUCUUGGUGACUUCCUUCUGCAGUUUCAUGCUUCCUGAACACUACCUGCCAACCUCUCUUCGUAUAGUCUACAAACUUGGCCAGAAAGCCAUUAAUUCCAUCAUCCAAAUCAUUGACAUACCAACAUAAAAAGAAGCAGUCCCAAUGUCAACCCCUGCAGAACACCAUUAGUCAUUGGCAGCCAACCAGAAAAAGGCACCUUUAUUCCCACUCUUUGCCUUCUGCCAGUUAGCCAAUCUUCUAUCCAUGCUAGUGUCUUUCCUGUAAUAUCACUGGCUCUUCUUAAGCAGCCUCAUGCAUGGCACCUUGUCAAAGGCCUUCUGAAAACCCAAGUAAAUAACAUCCACUUACUCUUCUUUAUCAUGCCUAUUAUUCCCUUAUGUUGACUAUGGCCUAUUUUACCUUGUGCCUCCAAGUACAUGAAAUUUUGUCCUUAACAAUCGACUCCAACAUUGCUCCGGCCACUAAGGAAUAAUUUUCAUUCUUCUGUUUCCAUCCCUUCUUAAAGAGUGGAGUGACAUUUGCGAUUUUCCAGUCCACUGGAACCAUGCCAGAAUCUAGUGAUUCUUGAAAGAUUAUUAUUAAUGCCUCCACUAUCUCUUCAUUUACCUCUUUCAGAACACUGGGGUGUAGUCCAUCAGGUCCAGGUGACUUCAGACCUUUCAGAUUCACAAGCAUCUUCUCCCUUAUGAAGGCAACUGCCUUCACUUCUGCUCCCUGACACUCUCGAACCUCUGGCAUACUGCUAGUGUCUUCCAUGGUGAAGACUGAUGCAAAAUAUUUAUUCAGUUCACUCGACAUUUCCUUAUUCCCCAUUAUUACCUCCACAGUGACAUUUUCUGGUGGUCCAAUAUCUACUCUCAUCUCUCUUUUACACUUUAUAUAUCUGAAAAAUCUGGUAUCCGCUUUGAUUUUUGGCUAGCUUACCUUCGUAUUCCAUCUUUCCAUGAAGUCUGGGUGAUCAGAAUUGAGUGGAGUACUCCAUCUCGACUGCAGCCUGACCAGAGUUUUAUACAGCACAACCUGUCUCUUUGUUAAUGUGUGUAUGGACAGGUUCAGUCAACAAGGUGUGGUAUGAAGUGUCCCAAUGAGGCAAAGUUCUUUACCAUGGAAACAGGCUCUUCGGUCCAACUUGCCCAUGCCGACUAUGGUGCCUUUCUGACCUGGUCCGAACUGGUAUUGGUAUUGGUUUAUUAUUGUCACGUGUACUGAGAAACAGUGAAAAGCAUUCGGGCAGAUCAUGCCUAACGUAACAGACAUCACAAGUGUAAAAAAGAAAACCAAAUGCAGAAUAAAGUGUUGCGGCUACAGAGACAGUGCAGUGCAGGCAGACAAUAAGGAGCAAGGGGCACCAUAAAGUAUAUAACAUAAAACAGGAACAGGCCCUUCAGCCCACAAUGUUGUGCCUAACUAAUUAAACUAAUAAUUAACCAUGAGAACUUUGGCCUAAUUUAAUCAUGUGCUUCCAAGUACCCUAAAACCUCAUCUUUUCAUGGACUUCAACAUCUUCCCAACCACUGAGGCCAAGCUGUUCUAUAAUUUCUUUUCCUCAGCUUCCCUCUCUCUGUACCUGUACCCUGAGCUCCCUCUGUUCUACAACACUCCCCUGUCAUUUACCAGUCUCUCUGUGUACCUGUACCCCGAGCUCCCUCUGUUCUACAACACUCCCGUCAUUUACCGGUCUCUCUGUGUACCUGUACCCGCAGUACCCUCUGUUCCACAACACUCCCCUGUCAUUUACUAAUCUCUCUGUGUACCUGUACCCCGAGCUCCCUCUGUUCUACAACACUCCCCUGUCAUUUACCGGUCUCUCUGUGUACCUGUGCCCCGAGCUCCCUCUGUUCUACAACACUCUCCUGUCAUUUAUCG